CUUUUUGUGGCGUUGACACGGUCAGAGCCCACUCGCGUCUUAUCUGGAUCCAGUUAGACCAUCCACCACAUCCUGACUCUCGAACCGAGUACUUCUACCGCCUCUCCCGCUUUCCUUCCCCCCCAGCAUCUCCCGGACCCCCACGAUUUACUUGUUCUCCUUCUGCCCUCUCUCGCUCCCUUCACCGCUCGUACCAAUAUCAAAACAUUUCACCACGGAACCUUCGUUCCUCUGCGUUUUGACAGUCCACAUCGAUGAAGAAAACUUCACCUAACUCUGAUUCAUCUUUAGAUCGCAUUCGCUCUUGGGCACGAACCAAAGCGCAUGGCCCCUCUCCACUCGCCCUAGGCACGAGUCGCUCUUCGAGUCUUCCUCUAGAGAACCCCCAAAAGAAUAAAUCCACCUCUCAAAAUGGUUCAACUGAGCCUUUCCCUUCCACAAACUCCCUCAACGGGCAAUCAAAAACCACAUCCAACAAUGUCGUCGACGAUACCACAUCCAAUCACCCUCCCCCAGCUCCACCUCCGCAAGUUGAUGGGGCGGGGACUAUCAUAGCCGAACAACCACCCAAGAAGAAUGUUGCUAUCCGAUUUUGGCUGACGGCUAAAUCCAUUAUAAUGUCUAGUUACAUAAACUUAUUAUUGUUGUUCGUACCCGUGGGUAUUGCAGCACAGUGUGCUCACCUGAAACCGGGAAUCGUAUUUGCCAUGAACGCAAUUGCGAUCAUACCUUUGGCAGGUCUUCUCAGUCAUGCCACAGAAAGUGUGGCCAAGAGGAUGGGGGAUACACUUGGUGCUCUCAUGAAUGUAUCAUUUGGAAAUGCCGUUGAAUUGAUUAUUUUGUAUGUUCUUGCUGCAUCCCAUCCUCAAAACCCCGGCUAACAACCACAGCAUGUAUGUCUACCUCGAGAGAGAUCAAGACAAGAAAGAGCGAGAAGCCCUCUUAAAGGCAUUAUCUUAUCAAUCGCGUCCCAUAUCAUCGUCCCAUUUUCUUUUGUUUGACCCAAACUCGAUGUGAUAUUUUUGAAAAAAGACCCAUGCUCACCUUGUCAUUUUAACGCAAACAGCAUUGCCUUGUCCAAGGUAUGUUUUUUGAAAGUGUGUUGAGACUUGGCUAAUUUUCUUAGGGUGAAAUUCGUAUCGUACAAGCUUCUUUGCUUGGUUCAAUCCUUGCCAAUUUACUCUUGAUUCUAGGCAUGGCUUUCUUACUUGGUGGACUUCGGUUCCAAGAACAGGUCUGUUGGGUCUUUUCUCAAUGUGUCGUGGUACACUCGGCUGAUGAUUCUAGAUCUACAACAGCACCGUUACACAAAUGAGCGCAUGUUUGUUGAGUUUGAGCGUCAUGAGUUUACUUUUGCCAGUAUGUAUUGGAUAAUUGACGUCCUCAACUACUACUAACGACUCUUAGACUGCCUUCCAUGCUUCUUUCAGUGAUCGCCAACAAGCAAAAGCUCAGUCCGCUGUUUUGAAAGUCAGCCGAGGUACUAGUGUGGUAAGUGAGCCUGAAAUCUUGACAAAUCAUUGCUUACAGUUUAGGUACUUUUGCUCGUCUAUGUAUUGUAUUUACUCUUUCAACUCAAGUCCCAUGCAUACAUGUACCAGAGUACACCUCAACACAUUAUUGACGAAGAGUCCGCUCCCGGACCAGCGGCUCAAUGGCUCGACAGCUCAUCCGAUUCUUCUUCCGACUCUUCAAGCUCUGAUUCAGAUGCAUCAAAGGGUUCCAACACCACCGCAAAACGAAUCAAGAGAGCUUUCAAAGGUGGACGCAGACGCAAAUCUAGUGCUGGCUCGAAAGAACCAGAAGUGCUUGCACGUUCUAGAACUGCUUCCAUUGGCACCAACUCUAUUACUCAUGUCCAAACUGAUCUUAACGACGAACCACAAGCCUCUGGGCAUAGAUUUGGUGCAAUUGAUUUUGCUGAUGAUGCCGAUGAUGAGAACAAGGAAAAGGAGCGAGGUCGUCGCGGUUCCCACGGUAGCAUUGCCUUUUCCAGAAAAGAACGUAAAGCCAUCAGAAAAGAACGGGAACGCAGACACCGGGAACGAAAGGAACGUAAGAGAGCCUUGAAAGCCCAACAAGCCAUCGCGGAAGGUGUCAUCGUCGAUCCUUCCAACGAAAAGAUUGAUGGGGAACUUGAUGCCUCUCGCCGCGUUGAUUUUGCCGUCAUAAACGAAACUGAUGGCCAGACCGGAAAUGUCAAACCGGUUCGUAUUUUCCCUGGUAUCCUUCGACCUGCAAUCCCGAAGACAUUCUCCCAGAAUGUCUUUACUCAACCACCUCCUACUACCACUUCCCCAGCACUUGGAGGUCCUGUUCCUCGUGUCAAGAUGGGAAUUCGCCGUACAAACUCUCUUCCGGACCGUUUGAACCAACAACCUGCUACACUGGCUCGCCCUGCUUCAACUUCUAUGCAAAACCCUCAUGUCAACAGCACUACCAUCACAGACCAUCACGAUGCUGAGGUCGAAGAAGAAAAUAUCUCUCGCACUACCGCUGUUUUCUUGCUUCUCAUAUCCACUGGUCUUGUCGCUGUCUGUGCCGAGUUUAUGGUUGAUAGUAUCAAUGCCGUUGUUGAGGGUCAAACUGGACUCAGUGAGACGUUCAUUGGUUUAAUUAUCUUGCCUAUUGUUGGUAAUGCUGCAGAGCACGUUACAGCCGUCACAGUCGCCACUAAGAAUAAGAUGGAUCUAGCAAUCGGUGUAGCCGUCGGAUCAUCCAUUCAAAUUGGUAUUUAUCCCUCAUUCCUUCCCAUCAUCUACCACUAACAAAUCCCAGCACUCUUCGUCACUCCCUUCGUCGUUCUUCUCGGUUGGGCCAUGGGUAAAGAGAUGUCCCUCUACUUCACCCUCUUUGAAACGGUCUCCCUGUUCGUCUCGGCAUUCAUUGUUAAUUUCCUCGUCCUGGAUGGACGGAGUAAUUAUCUGGAAGGUGCGCUGCUUUGUGCGGCGUAUGUUAUCAUUGCAGUGGCGGCGUUCUUUUAUCCCCAGCUGGAGGAUCAGAGUAACCUCGGUGGGAAUUCUGGAAACGGAACUGAGGAGGUUACGCAGGCUGCGACGAGGAUGAUGGUUAGGGCUUUUUUGGAUUAGGAGGGAUGUGAUGAAUCAGAGUGUUGCGGUUGUGUGUG